AUGAGUCAAUCAAUUAAAUUAGAUAAAUUCCUUUAUGAAAAAAAUUUAAGAGAUAAAGUUAUUUCAUUCUUUAAUUUAUUUCAGAGUAAUUGUUUUGAAGAUAUUACUGAUAUUUGUUUAUUAAACCAAAUAAAAUUCAUUCAAUUUUGUCAAGAACUCAAUUCUAGUUUAACGAUUGGACUAUUUAAUUAUAAAGAACUUAUUGUGCCAAAUUUUUUGUUUUUAAUUAAGAUAUGUUUACGAAUUAAAGAUAUUUGCAAGGUGUUAGAUUAUGAAUACCUUUCAUUUUGGAAUAUUAUGGUAAAUUCAUUAAAUCCAUAUUUUAAUAUGGAAUAUAGAAAAGUUGCAUUUGAAUUGUUACUUGAAUUUAUUUAUAAAUCUCAUAGAAAAAACAAAUUAGUUGCAAAUCUUCUUACAAAUGCAUUUAAUUUAAAAGUAUUUGAAUUAAAUACAGAAAUUAUUAACUUAGAAAUACCACCAUUUUCUCAAGAAUUUUCUAAUGACUUUAAUAAGAAUAAAUCUCUUGAUAUUCUUCAAAAUGAGUCAUUGGUUAUUAUUCGUUUAUUUAUUCAUUUUGUAUUAUCUUCAGAUGACUACUUUCAAUGUUUCAUUCCAUUUAUAUCAAUUUUAAUAGGAAAUAUUUUUCCUUCCUUAAUUCCAUUAAUUUCUAUUACUGAAAGAGAGGUAUUUAAUGACUCAUUUGUAUUAACACAAACAAACCCUCUAUUAAUUAAAUUAUUUCUGUCUUUCUUUUUAAUUAAUUCAACUAGAUUUGCUUAUUUAGCUAAAGUAGAUGAUUUUUGUCAUAUAUUUAUUGGAAUAGUUAAUAUUGUCUUACAACUGUCUUGGAAUUUUAAAGAAUGCCAUGAUAUUCUUAGACCAUCACUUCAGUGGUACUUUAGCAUAUUAUUCUGGAGAGAUAUUAAAACAUUAAAAUCUACUUUUAAACAAUCUACAUUAGAAUUUAUUCAACAAUCUUUUAUAACAAAAAUUCAGGAAUUUAUUGAAUCAAAUAUAUCUUAUUUUGGUGCUGAUGAAACAGCAAAAACAAUAAAUAAUGAUAUUAUACAAUUAAUAGCAAUUGUUUAUCCUAAAGUAUAUGAUAAUUCACUAGUUAUCCUUAAUAGUUCAGAACAUAUUUUAUUUAAUUAUUUAACUAUAUUAAAUAAACAACAAGAAAUGAUUAAGAAAUUUCAAGCACAAACAACGAGACAAUUAGUUAUGUGUAUUAUUAUUUUAUAUAUUAGAUUUUAUGAUAAUGUAAUUGAAAGAUGGGGUUUAGGUGAACAGUCGUUAAUAUAUAGAUUAUCAGAGUUUUACAAUAUUAAUGGAGUAAUAGACACUUUAGCUGAAAUGUAUGGUCAUGUUGUUUAUUAUAUAUUAACAAAAUUAUCAAAAAUAAAACAAAAGAAUAAAAACGUUAUGAUUAUAAAAUCUCUUCUCUCUUAUAAUUUCGCUUAUCAUUUACCUUCAUUAACAAUUAACUCAUCACUUAUUCAAGAACAAUGUUCAAAUUCAUCUAUAAUAAUUUGUUAUCAAUCAUCUUUAUUAAAACCAUACACAGAACAUUGGGAAGAAAAAGAAUUAAAAUACUAUUUUUCUUUAUUAACUCAAACUUUCUCAAUUUAUGGAUUGAAUGGCUCUGUUAAAUAUUAUCGAAAUGUAAAUACUAUGUUGUAUCAAGUGUGUUUAAUUUUUUUUCAAGCAACAAAAGAAAUACAACACAAAUUUGAUUUAGUUGAACUUUUCUUUGACCAUAUAUUUAAUUUACAAUUCUCUCAAGACUUAUUCAUUUCUCGACUUUGUAUUCCUCCAAUAAUCCAUUUCUUUCAUUUAUUAAACAACACACCAGAACUAAUUUUAUGUCUUGCAUCUAUGAUUUCUGAUAGUUCUAUUGAAUCGUUUUUAUUGAUAGUUGAUAACAUUCUUCCUUUCUACUUUUGUCAACAAUAUGGAAUAGUUCAACUUAUUUGGAAUACAUUUGACAAGUUGAUAUUGUUAUUUAACAAUGAAAUAAACAAAAUAACAACAUAUCUUAGUCAUCCAUCAGAAAAGGAAGAGGUAAGUACUACCGUUUCAAAUAAAGAAAUUUGCAAUUUCCUUUCACCUCAUUUUGAUUCUCAUCUCACUGACUUGCUUCACUUUCUUUUUAGCUUACUUCAAAGUUUAGACUUUUGUUUAAAUGAAAUACAAAUUAAAAAGAUACAAGAAUGUUAUAUUCUAGCUUCAAAAUUACCUGUAUCACUUUGUAAUCAUAAAGAAGUAAUGUGGUCAUGUUGUAUGACUUUUAUUAUGAUAGAAAAUCAACUUAACUUAAAUGAAGUAAACGAUGACAUCAUUAUAAAACAACAAGAAGAUUUAUUUAAUUGUUUAUUAAAUGAUUGUACUAAGGAAAAUGAUGAAUACACUGACAAUAUAAUACUCAUUGUUGAAAUAAUUGCAAAAGAGAGUUUUAAAUUUACUAAUAGAAUAAUCGAUUAUAUCAUAUCUUCUUUAUUGGACAAAUGUAAUUUUGAUAAAUCACUCAAAGUUCAAAUAGUAUCGAUUCUUAUGAUUCAAAAGAUUCUAUUUUUUAAUUCUAAGGCUUUAACUUCAAUUUCAAAUAAAACAAUGAGCCGAUUAUUUAAUACUAUAACAUUAAAUUAUGAAAAUAUUCCUUUUCUUAAAAAUGAAAACUUACAAUUAGGAUAUGCCUAUGAUAUUGUUUUUUGUACAUUCACGCAAUAUGAUUGUGGAAAAGUCGAUAUUAAUUUCUUAAAAUCAUUAAAGGCUAUUACUCAUAUUGUAAAAAUACACCAAAUUAUUUCGUUAUAUCAAAACUCAGACAAAUCAAUAUUUUUGGUUAUUCGUAAUGUUUUUGGAAUUAAUAUUUUUGAAGUCCAUCAAGUUGUUUUACCAAAUAAUACAAUUGAUAUUGGUGAUAAACAUAAAAACAUUUCAUUAAUAAGUUAUGAAGAAAAAGAUAUUUUAAAAGAUACUUUUGAAGAAACAAACACUGAAAUACCAACUAGUUUUGAUAAUGACAUUGAAAAUGAUUUACUAGAAUAUUCGUUGAAUGACUAUUUUAAAACAGAGUAUAAUCUCUUUCAAAACACAGAAGAAUGCUCUGACUUUAAAGAAAAGAAAAUAAUGGACUUGUUAAAUGAAAUAAAAAAUAUUACUAAUUUGGAUAAUUCUAUUAUCAAUCAACAUCAAAAUGAAAGUAGUAAAAUAGAAAAAGGAUAUAAUUUAUCACAACAGGCUUUUGUUAUUCUUAAUGAUUUAUUUAAUUUAAAUAAUACUCUAAUUUAUAACCUAGAUAUUAAUAAAUACCAAAUGCUUAUUGAUCAACUGGAUUCUAUUUCUUUAAAUAAAUGCUAUUGUGUUGGUGUUGUUUAUAUUUCUGAUGAAACUUUGACAAUAAACAAACUUAUUCAAUUAAAAACAGAACCAAAUUCUAGUUAUUUUAGUUUUAUAAAUCUUCUUGGAAAAAGUAAAGGUAAUGAAGUUAUUGAAUAUAAAAGUCAAUACCAAACUAUACAUUACUUAGAUUAUUAUCAAAUUUUGAAAACUCAAACAACAAACAUUGAUGAAGUGUUAUACAAUAAUGUUCUUAUUGUAUUUACAACGUUCACAGGAUAUAAGCCAACACAUCUUCUAAAUUCUAAAAUUAAAAUAGUUUUUGUAGUCUGUUUAAUAAAUAACAUUUAUCAUAUUUCAAUAUGGCAAUAUAAAAAAUUAGGAAUUGGAGUUAUUCAAAAUAAUAGUGUUUUAUCUCCUUGUAAUGUUAAGUCAUUUUUCUCUUAUUCUAUUCUCUCUAUUAAUUCAUAUCUUUCUGAUUCAGAAAACUUAUUAAUGGAAAGAGAAUCAAUACUCAAUAAAAUACUUUGUGUUUCUUCAAAACUCGAUGUUGGACUUAAUUCUCAAAAGUAA